AUGUAUGUUAUUCCAUUACUUUAUCGUAUAUCAUCUAUGAACGAUCAUGUAUCAAUUACUCGAUUACAUUAUACAUUUCAAAGUGUUAUCACAAAGCAUAACAUUCUUCGAACAGCACUUUAUAUUGAUGAUACAAAUGGUAAUAUUAUACAACAUUGUUUAGAUGCAAAUAUCAUUCUUGAUGGUGAUAUGAAAUCAAAUAGAUUAACAAUUGUUAAUAUUGAUAAUGAUAAUCAUCAUCAAGUGAAUGAAACUAUCGCAGAAAUAUUGAAUCAGGCUGAUUUAUUUGAUUUAUCAAAAGGACGUGUUAUUCGUUGUCAUAUUCUUCGUCAUUAUCAUCAAUCUCAAGAUAGUAUCACAUAUGAGAAUGAUGAUCUAUUGACUGAAAAUGAUCACAUACUAAUUAGUAUUCAUCAUGCAAUAUUUGAUGGAGCAUCAACAUCAAUCUUUCUUCAUGAUCUUUCUCUUGUAUAUGAAUCUGAUGAGUCACAAGUUCGAUUAUCAAUGGAUGAGAGCUCAUUGAGUUACAUAGAUUAUUCUGUUCAUGAACAUAUCAUGGAUAUGUCAUUAUCUCGUGAAUUCUGGCAUUCUCAACUUGAAGGAUAUAAUCUUGCACGCCAAUUAUCAUUACCUGUUGAUCGACAACGUUCAUCAACUAAUCAUCAGCGAUCAGGUUUAGCAUCCAUAGCUGAAAUCACUUUCGAUAGUGAAAUAUGCACAUCAUUUUUAAAUUAUGCAUCAUCCCAUCAUCUCACACCUUUUCAACUUGGAUUAUCUAUAUUUUAUGUCUUCCUAUUCAAAUUAUCUCAUGGUGAGACUGAUUUAUGUAUUUCUUCUAUUAAUGCAAAUCGAUAUCGAAAUGAAUUACAAAAUAUGAUUGGAAUGUUUGUUUCAACGUUACCAUAUCGUGCUGAGCUUGAUCCCCAUUGGUCGUUUAAUGAAGUAGCUAAACAUGUUCGAGAAAAGUGUUUAUCAAUUCUUGAACAUUCUCAUUAUCCACUUCAACAUAUUCUUGGUGAUAAUCAAUUAACUCAAUCGAAUGUAUCAUUUCUUGAGAUAAUGUUUGAUUUUAUUACUGUGUCAAAAGAGGUGGAAUAUUUAUGUUUGAAUGAUACAAAUUUGAAACAAAUAUCAUUAGAGCAAUCACUUGAAAUGUCAAAAUUUGAUUUCUCAGUAACAUUUGAAUACAAUCCAUUAUCAGAUAACAAGAAAUUAUCAUGUAGUCUUAUUUGUUCACGUGAUCUGUUUGAAAAAUCAACAAUUUCAAAAAUAGCUCAAAGAUUUGAAUAUAUGUUGAAGCAGCUGUUUAAAACACAAUUAAGCAAUGCGUUUACAACCGAUACGAAUUCAUCGAUUAACAAAGCAUCUCUUAUUCUUCCCGACGAAGCUGAGGAAAUGAAAUUAGUUGUGUUUCAUCGAUUGGAGAAUAUUGUGAAUGAAGCACCAGCAUCAUUUGCACAAGCUCGUAUUUGGCUUGAUGAACGAAUUCGCUUCGAUCCAGAGAAGCCACAGGUAGCAAUCUAUAACAUGCCAUUUAUUUAUCGUAUGCAAUCAAGUCAUACUUUAUCCGUUAAACAACUUCAUCAAGCUCUACAGAUCACUGUUGACAAACACCUCUCACUCCAUACGUCACUUACUUUUGAUGCAGAAAUGAAUGUGCUCAUGCAACGGGUUAUUACACGAAAAGAAAAUCACACUGAUAUGUUUUCAAUCAUCGAAUCUACUUAUGAAACAGAUGAACAACUUAAUAACAUUUUACACGAUGAGAAACGUAAUCCUCAACUGUUUAACCUUGCGCAAGGUCUUGUCUUUCGAUGUCAUAUUAUUUAUUAUCAACAAGUCUCUUCAAAUGAUCUACUUUCUGACAAAGAUAUACUUAUUUUCAACUUUCAUCAUGCUCUAUUUGAUUUUCCAUCAAUGAAUAUAUUUCUGCAUGAUCUUAAUCAAGCAUAUACAACAGGUCAACUAUUAUAUGAUGACAACACUCUCCUACGUUAUCUCGACUAUGCUGUUAUUGAACAACAAAUGGCAAUGACUGGUGCAAGCAUGUUUUGGUUUGAUGCUCUUCAUGAUUGUAAACUUGAUCAGUCUCUAUCAUUACCAUUUGAUCGAUAUCAUCUUACAAAUGAACACCGAACUGGUCAUGCAACAUCUAUUUCAUUUGAUUUUGGUCAAGAUCUCUCACAUCACUUUCUUACCCAUGCAUCAUCAAAUAAUAUACCACUGGAACAUCUCACAUUUGCUAUUUGUUUCAUCUUUCUAUUUAAAUUAACUAGUGGACAAACAGAUCUAUGUUUGGCUAUGAACAUCAAUGAUAAUCGAUAUAGAGAUGAACUCAAAUCAAUCAUUGGACUGUUUGAGAA